AUGCUUAACAUCGGUGCCGUUGUGGUUUAUCUGGAAGAUAACAACAUGAUUCGCAGAAAAUGGUAUUAUCAGUCAAAGUGUACAUUAGCCUCCGUUACAAGCAGUGCGAAAUUAUUGGAAUCUAACGACCAAAGUUAUGUCCACCAUGUGGGAGAUACUCCGUUAAUCUAUCGGAACAUCGGACAACAUCUUCGAGUGGCAGCACAGCAAUUCGCAAACAAUGAAGCAAUGAUUUCCUGCCAUGAUGCGAAGCGUUUAACUUAUGCGGAAGUUUUGGAUAAGGUUGAUCGUCUGGCAGCAUCGUUCUAUCAGUUGGGUCUGAAGAGAAACGACCGUAUCGCAAUUUGGACUCCCAAUAGUGCCACUUACUAUCUAACGACGCUGGCUGCAGCCCGAGCAGGAAUGAUAUCGGUUGGCAUCAAUCCGGCUUUCCAGCUGCCCGAGCUGCAGUAUGCACUGAACAAGGUUGGCGCGAAGGCACUGGUUGCUACGGAAGGUUUUCGGUCUCGAAACUAUUACACGAUGCUGAAGCAAUUGAUUCCCGAACUGGAAGGCAGUUCGAAAGCGAAUUUGAAGUCUGCCGAAGUUCCCUCGCUACGAUCCGUUAUCAUGGACACGGUCGGUCACUCACUCGAAGGAACAAUCACCUUGCAGGAUCUUUACCUCCUAGCAGCGGACGAAGAAACGUCGCAAAUUGAAACGCUUCAAUCGUCGAUUGCCCCGGACAGUGGAGCGUGUUUGCUGUUAACUUCUGGAACCACCGGUAAACCAAAGGCCGCGCUGCUUUCGCACUAUGCCCUGGUUAACAAUGGCGUUCAUGCGGCCUAUCGAACCAAGUUGGAUAGCGAACCUCGACGGCUGUGCGUUCAAGUUCCUUUGUUCCACGUCUUUGGAAAAGUGUUUGGUACGAUGGCCGCUCUUCAGUCCGGUUCUACCAUGGUUUUCCCCGGAGAAGGAUUUAAUGUGCGUGAAUCCUUAGAGGCAGUUGCAAAACAUAAAUGCUCCCUAAUUUACGGAACGCCAACGAUGUACGUUGAUCUGCUAAAAGAAUAUGUCAAGUCAAACAUAAAACAACCGACGAUUGAUAUCGCAAUGAUCGGAGCAGCUGCUUGCUCACCACAACUGGUUGAUGACAUCCAGAGCGUUCUGGGAGUAAAACAGGUACUAGUGGGGUAUGGAAUGACAGAACUUUCUGGAGCUAGCUUCAUGUCGGACCGUGGUGACCCAUCGGAGGUCGUUUACGAUACGGUUGGGCGCUUAAUGGAUCAUUGCGAGGCGAAAGUGGUCGACGGAGAAGGAAACACCGUACCUUUCGGUACACCUGGGGAACUUUGGAUCCGUGGUUACGGAACGAUGCUCGGUUACUGGGAUGAUGAUCUCAAAACCAAAGAGAUUAUCACGGGAAACCGUUGGCUCAGAACGGGCGAUCAGUUUGUGCUGAGACCGGAUGGCUAUGGAGCGGUGGUGGGGAGAAUGAAGGAGGUGAUCAUCCGUGGUGGGGAAAAUGUUUUUCCGAAAGAAAUCGAGGACAUAUUGAAUGCCCAUCCUAAGAUCAUCGAAGCGCACUGCAUUGGAGUACCGGACGAGCGAAUGGGUGAGGAAAUUUGCGCUUACGUUAGACUGAAGGAACCGGCAGAGGAGAACUUUAUUCACUUGGAUGAUAUCAACCACUUUUGUCGGGAAAAGAUAGCUCAUUACAAGGUGCCGAAGAUUCUCCGAAUAGUCGAACAGUUUCCUAAGACAACGUCGGGUAAAAUACAAAAAUUCAAAUUGUUGGAAAUGUAUUUGAACAAGGAUAGAAAAUAA